AUGGCUCCAACUCCGAGCUGCGUCAUCCAGGCCAAACUGGUGCUUCUGGGAGACCUGGGCGCCGGGAAGACCAGCAUCGUCGUCCGGUUCGUCAAGGGGCUCUACUACGAGUGCCAGGAGUCGACCAUCGGGGCGGCCUUCUUCUCGCAGCUGCUGCCGGUGAGCGGCCGUGGCGGUGAGGGAGACGCCACCGUCAGGUUCGACAUCUGGGACACCGCCGGCCAGGAGCGGUACCACAGCCUCGCCCCCAUGUACUACCGCGGCGCCGCGGCCGCCGUCGUCGUCUACGACAUAUCCAGCACGGAUUCGUACAUCCGUGCAAAGAAGUGGGUAGACGAGCUUCAGAGGCAAGGGAAUCCACACUUGGUUAUGGCGUUAGUGGGCAACAAGGUUGAUUUAGAAGAGAAGAGGAAGGUCAGAACGCAGGAAGCGUUGGAGUACGCGGAACGGAACGGCCUCUUCUUCGUGGAGACGUCGGCCAAGACGGCGCAGAACGUCGGCGAGCUGUUCUACGAGCUAGCCGAGAGACUGGUGAAAGUGCGGCCGAACCGUCCCGCCGGGAUGGUCCUGCACGAACGGCGCGGCGGGGGACGGUGGUUCUGUUGCUCCGGGUGA